AUGUACCACCAGCAGACCGCUGCGCCGCCACGGAGCAAAAACGAAGCGUCGAUUGCCCAGCUGGUCUCGCUCUCAGCAUCAUCGUCGCUGGCGAGCCUUCCUAUGCACCACGGCCACCACCACCGGCCACGCGCAUCAACCACCACAUCAAAGGGCGGCAUGCAGACCGUGCCCAUAUCACCAGUAUCGGUGCACAGCAGUUAUAAGCGGCCGCGUGUAUCGUCAAAGUCAGGCACACUUGGGUCGCGGCUACGGUCGCGAUUCCAUUCGCUUCGCGGCAACGGCAGCACGCAGGACGUCACAAAGGCCUGGGAAGUAAACAUGGACGCACCAAUGAUGCUGGAGCAGGCAUUGUUCAGCGACGAGAGCCUGUCGCCGCCGCCCUCGCGGUGGAUGAGCAAGAGGACCACGGCACACGGCACGUUCCGGCGGUUCCGCACCGGCGGGGCGAAUAAGGCGAUAAUGUCGUACCCGCCAGCGCAGGGCGAAACGUCGAUUUACGAUGAGCUGCUUGAAAAUGAGGAUUUUGUUUUGAUUACCGCCAGCAGCGAGGCGUUGGGGCCCGCCAGCACCGUCGACGUGAAUGGGAUGAGACUGGCUGGCGCCAUGGAGACAAGCACGCGAGGUGUCACCCCGCGGCUGAAUAACCCGCUGGCAAGGUUCGGCUCGUCGAGGGCGCGUGCCAGCAGCCAGCAGCCGGCCGGAUAUAAUCGGCGUGGCAUGGCGGGCGGCGGCUCGUCGUGCGACUCGCUUGUUUCCGUGGCGACCCCGCCGCUAUCAGUAACGUCGUCUGUGUCGACGACAUCAACAACGUCAUUGGUGCCGGCUCAGCCAGCAGCAGCAGCAGCAGGGCUCAACCUCAGCCUCAGUCUCAGGCCUCAAGCUCAACCUCGAUCGCAGCCCGAGUCUCAGCAAGCACAGCCAGCACGGCCACGGUCCAUGACUGCAUCAGCACGCCCAAUGACGCUUUCGUCGACCGCGCGCAUCCCAGCAUCAACAUCGGCUGCGGGUGGCAAGUUCCGGACGCCGCGCAAGAUCUCCGAGUGCUCGUUUUCAUCGACCGAGGAGCAGCGCAACGCCAUGGGUCUGCAGGGAAUGGAGCCAGUCCAGCAAAUGGGCACAUCGGCAGUCAACCAUGCGCGGGAGCGGAGGCGGCGGUCGUCGGGUGGACCAUCGGUCCCAAGCGGUCUGGGCCCUGAUGACGUGGGACGUGCGCACAGACGGCACUCGCGCAAUGGCUCGGAGCUCUCGGGCAUAACGGUAGAUUUCCCUAACGGACAUCGCACCCGGCGAUCGUUUGACUUCCAGGUCGACGAGGCUGGAUACGAUGCCUAUUGGCUGCGACGCGAAUCCACCCUGCAUAACGAGACAAUCGACGAGGAUGAGGACCGUGCGCGGGCAGCUACCUUCCCGGUGGCGCGCAGCUCGCGGUUCAUGUUCGAGAUGGGGAUGCAGUCGGGCACCACCUUUGUCGACCGCGAUUCGCAGCAGGAGCGCAGCUCGUCGGGCGUCAACCAAUCGGCAAUUGACGAGAUUCGCAGCACGGCGUUCCCGUUCCUGGCCCACGACUACCAAGGGCCACAGGCCGAAGAGCUGCCUCCGAUGGACCCGCGCAGCCCGUUCGUCAGCGACAUUGCAUCGAUCCGCAUCUCACCUAGAAGCACUGUAGCCACCAUCUUCCCUGAGCCUAGCCGCCCGUCGCGCGACAGGGCCAUUGGAGGCGUGGCGAUGGUGUCUGCGAUAUCCGUGGAUACGCCCGAGAACGUCGAUUUCGACGGCUCGACGCUGACGCAGCAGAACGACUGGCUGCUGAUGUCGACGGCUGCUGCUGAGGACGGUUCCUCGCCCAGCAGCUCCGGAGGGCGGGCCCGUGGCCGGCGCAACAACCGCAAGCGCACAGUCCUGCCGCUCGAGCUGUUCAAGCACGGCCUCGAUAGCCCGGAGAAGCUGCUGGGCGAGCGGGAGACGGCGAUAGCACUUAGGUCAAAGCCAUCCGAGAUGCUGCUGCUGCCGCCGCCAUGGUGCAGCGAGGAUGGCGGCAGUAGGGCGGCAAUAUCCGGCGUUUGUGGUGAGAGAGCUGAAAAGCCCUGCGCAGUAGCCGCGGCUACUGCAGCUUCCGGUUCGUCAUGCUCCUCCACUGCGCGCGGCGUGGCAGAUGCCGCCAGCUCUACGGCGCUUAGAGGUGCACCACUUCCGCCGUACGCCAAGCCGGGGUACACCCCCAGCGUGCCGCCAAGCAUGCGCAUCGUGAUUUCUACACAGAACCACGGAAUUCCGCACUUUAGCCUGCGGCUGGUUGCGGCCCUCGAGCAGGCGGCGGCCGUGCGGGACCUAGCGCUGCGCCUGGACAUGUCACACAACUGGAUUAAUGCGGUCCCCGGCUGGCUCAGCCGGCUCCCUAAGCUGCGACGCAUCGUGCUGGCUGCAAACCCAAUCGCAACGGUGUCGGCAGACCUCGUCGAGAUGCGAUGCCGUCUGGAAACCCUGUGCCUUGGGACCGGUAAGUGGUCGCUUGUCAGUCGCAGUGAGGGCGCCAUGGUGGCGCACUCCAAGGCGGAGCAGCAGCGCCGGGUGUGCCAGCGCAUUGAGGCCACUGCCAACAGGCGCAUGGCUGCAUUCUUGAGCUCCACGCGGCUGGCAUUGACCCCCAGACAGCACGAGGCGUCCUUGGACAAGGCCAAGCUGCUGCUCCAGUCCUACGCGCGCAUCCUCCACUCGCAGCUGCAUGAGGCCCGGCCCUGGGGCCACUCGGUCCCGCUGCCGUAUCUGCCGCUGCUCCAGCAUCCCCCAGCCGCUGUUCAUACUGCAGGCAUGUGA